UUGAUUUCGCAAAUGAAACGCGGCCUAUUGAAAACGAUUGCGAGGAUAGUGAUUUCAGCGGCGGUCACGAUGAAGGGACAAGAGCCCCAAAUAAAAGACGUGUUAAUCCUCAACGAACGCAUCUUUCGAAUAUGCGACGCCUGGCCAUUGAACAAUUCCUACAAGAAAUUCGUGAUCUAUAUGACGUACCUCUCCGCCCACAUAGUGAUGAUGUACAUGGACCUGUACGAUGUAAUGGGCGACCUGCAACUCAUGGUGGAGAACAUACUAGACAAUGCCGUAGUUACGACAACAUAUUUUAUGCUGUUUCUAUUACGAUUCAGUAAAUUGAUCAAGACCGUUGUGACUAUGGUGAAACGAGAGCUCGCGGAGGAUGACUUUCGAAAUAAUGAUGAAAGACAACUGUACCUGUCUUAUAAUAUCAUCUCGAGUGGUUUUGGGAAAUAUGUGGUGAAGACGACGAUUUUUACUGUGGGGAUGUUGUAUGUUACGCCUAUGUUGAAAAUAUUGAAGUCGGGCUCAGGUAUUUUUUAAGCAAGUAUGUGGUAGAAUAAAGUAUAUAAGUAUAUAAAAUGUAGUUUGACGAUAUGAACUUGUUCGUGAACUAUAAUUAUAAUUAAGUUUGCUUAUACAAAGCUAUAAAAUAAAGUUUCGUAGUAUGUCCUGUACUAGCAAUG